AUGUCUCAGUUUGAUUUGGACGAGCCAUUGACUUCCUCCGCACGUCCGGCUACCAAUGCCACCCUCACCAUUCGCAUAGUGAAGUCUUUCCCCUACAGAAACGUCAAGAACUAUAUCCUGCGAGAUGUAAACCUUCGCGAGCUCACUGCCCAUGAUCUACUGGACAAGGUGGUGCAAAUCAUCAACACAACAGGUUCGUUACGGCCCUACAGAAAUGUUGUCUACGACUCUUUGAAAAUCUAUACCCAUGCCCAUGGCUCCAAAACCAUGAAUUUGGUUAUCAAUCUGGAUCACGACGAUUGGGUGUUGGAUGUGAAUAGCAGCAAGAAGCUGAUUGAUUACGGGAUUGAGAACGAGACUGAGCUUUCCAUUUACAACAAAGCGGACUACGGGGAGUUCGCCAGUAACCCUCAAGAACUCUGGUAA